AUGGCGGGCACCAAAUAUGCGUAUGUCAGGAACUUCGAGCUCCCUGACCCGCUGCUCCCGGACACCUUCAUCGUCCUCCGAAUCGACGGACAUGCCUUCCACCGGCUCUCCGAGGAGCACCAGUUCAUUAAGCCGAAUGAUGAACGGGCGCUCCAGCUCAUGGAUCACGCUGCCCGUGAUAUCAUGGACGAAUUCAAGGACAUCGUGCUCGCCUUUGGCGAAUCGGAUGAAUACAGCUUCCUUUUCCGCAGGUCCGCCUCGGUGUACAACCGACGCGAAGCCAAGAUUUUGACCACGGUCGUAUCCCUGUUCACAUCGUCAUACGUCUUCCAUUGGCCGAAGUACCUUCCGGCUCAGCCACUGAAGUACUGUCCGUCUUUCGACGGCCGCAUCACCCUCUAUCCUUCUCCGCAGUCAGUCCGAGACUACUUCUCCUGGAGGCAGGCAGAUGCGCAUAUCAACAACCUCUACAACACCAUCUUUUGGGCGUUAAUUCUACAAGGUGGUCAGACUACUACAGAAGCUCAUGUUACCUUGAGAGGCACUGUAUCCAGUCAGAAGCACGAGAUGCUGUUCAGUCGGUUUGGCAUCAACUACAACGAGAUCUCCGCGAGGUUCAGGAAAGGAAGCGUCCUCGUACGAGAGCCUGUCCCUAAAACGGCGACAGAGAAUGCAGAUCCACCAGCGGCUGAGGGUGACAAACAGGAGGGUAAAGGGGCAUCCAAAAAGAAGACACGUAUUAGGACUACAGUCGAGCUUUACCAUUGCGAUAUCAUUGGCGACGAAUUCUGGGACGCGAGACCCAUGCUACUCACAGAGUAG